UCUCCCAGGCUGCGCUCUCGGCAGGCUCCCCCGAGCCGGGGCGGGCGGCAGGCAUGGGCGCUUCCCCGGUUUAGCGCAGCGGGUGACGCGGCCCGCCGCAGGCGGGGCAGGCGGAGCCGCGGGCGUUGCCGGAGGGUGGCGGUGCGGCCGGGUUGGGGUCGGUCCGUGCCGGGCCCGGCCGGGAGCCCCGGGGGCAGUGGGGCGGGAGGGCACGCGCUGCUGAGCCCUGCCGCCAUUGGCCGGCGGCCGCGGGCCGGCCCGGUGAUUGGGCGGGAGCCCUGUCAGUCACCGUUCUCUCCGCCCCACCCUCCGGCGACGGGCGGGGGCGGCCGGGCCGGGCCGGGUCGGGGUGUCCGGAGCCUGCAGAGACCCGCAGAGCCCCGGCCCUACCGAGGGCACGGCCGGGCACUUGCCCUGCGCAGGGGGCCGCACACCACGGGUCUGGCGCGCUGGCCUCUGCAGGCCCUGCUGCCGGCGUAGGGAGGGGGACCGGGCGGGCGGGCAGUCCGAGGCACCGGGCUUGGGUCGCGCUGGGUGUCCCGCGGGCUGUUUCUUCAUUGCUUUCUGACUCUCCGUUUAUCUCCUCUCCCUCCUCUCCUUCCCCAGGCUCUAUGCGUGGGGUUUUCUGGGUUUGGUUGGUUUUUAUUUUUAUGUUUUGUUUGGUUUGUUGUUUUUUCUUUUUUUUUUUUUUUUGAUUCCCUAAGUCGGUGAGAUCAUCCUGCCUGGAGUCUGCAGUGUGACAGAAAUGCUUAAACAGCCCUCUGGAGCCAGAGGGAAGGUUUUCUCAUCUAAACUCCGUAGUCAGUCGCCUUGCAAUCAGGUGGUAGUCUUUCAGAAGAUGAGUACCUAAUUAAACGGGGGGAGUAGUAGUUCAUGGAAACGGGUAUAUAUUACAUACAUAAAAAUAAUUGUAAACUUCCGAGAAUGGGCCAGAGUAACCAUGAAUUAACUAAAGGACUAAAUCUUAGGUUGAAAAUUCUAGAAAAUGUAUACUGUUGGCAUGUGGGUCCUGUCUCUGCAAAGGAAGAGUAAUCCUGAGUCACAAGUGUGUUUUGAUUUCAGUUUAGUUAAUACCCUUCAACUUUUCAAUACUCUGAAAUAUUUUAGUGACAAAGUACCUCAUUUUUGAUGCAGAUAAUACCCUUCAACUUUCACAACUAAAGCAUUUUAAGUGCCAAAGUACUUAGUUUUGAUGGCUUUUGAUAAAUAAGGAUAGUAGUUGUCAUCCGUGCAGUUAUGUUAAACAGAUGGGACGACCAAGCACUUCACACUUCUUAACUGUUUCUAAGUGAGUCAUUGAAAGAGUGUGAUUAAUCAUCCUACCAUACAGUUGUCAACAAAAGAGUAAUUUUUUUUGCUACCACCCACAAAAUCAAAGAGAUUUCCAGAUUUUCUGUGGAAAGUAAAGAACGUCUCUUUUGAAAAACACUUUAAAUUUAGUUUGAGGGGGACUACAUAUGAUGGACUUGUCAUCCUCAGAACACAUGUAUAUAUAUAAUUUUUUUCUGUGCAGCAAUACACUGAUGUACCCAGGAAAUCGCUUGACUUAGUAUGGUCAUUAUUGACAUGUUAGUUGUUUUAAAGCUUUCAUCUAAAUAGCAAUCUGACGUGAAACUAAAUGAACUUCUUCUGUCCUCUUACCCCUCCCUGCUUCAACUUCGUCAAGUUGUAAGUCAUCUAGGACAGAGGCACUUCAUUAUUUAGUGCGGUAUGGAUUAGGCGUUACAAUAGUCAGAUGAUGUGUGUCGUCAAGGUAAUGAUAGUGCUAAUGGGGGGGAGGAGAUGACGCUUGGGUGGGAAUUGCUUUUGUUUUGAAGAACCUGGGGUAGUAAGAGGAAGAGCUGGCUGAGAAAUCUGUAUUUAGAAGUGUUAUUUGAGAAGUGACCUGAUUUGAGCAUAGCUUUUGUGGGAAAUGGAAGUCAGCGGUUAACUACAGAUUGUGAGGCUGAGCCAAGAGGGCAACAGUGAUUUUACACACACACCUCCUCCCACCAAAAUAUUAUGGGAAUGGAAAGUGUCAUGAAAAGGAGAUGCUCUACUUUAAAAAAAAAAUAAAUAAAUCUGAGUGAGUUAAAGAGCUGGGAGGGAAUUUUUAAAUGCAUCAAUAUGCAUUGUUAGACACAGGAGGAAGAUGAGUGGAAAGACUGAUUGGGAAGAGGUGUAUAGAAGUGCAGUUACCUGGGGCAGGGGCUGGCAUGGGGAAGUAAGAUGGGCUGGAAAAUAAUGACACCAAGGAUACAUCAGAAUGGAUUUCACAAAGAACGACAGCUCAGCAUUACUGUUAUGGAUCGCUCUCGACACCGAGCAGGAAAUGGCAAUGAGCAGGCAUCUUCACGAGAGCGCAGUCGUGGUGAAGAUGAGAGACAACGACAGCUGGAGCGCCUCGGUAGGGAGGAGGCUUAUUACCAGUUCAUUAAUGAACUCAACGAAGAAGAUUACAGGUUGAUGAGAGACAGCAACCUGCUUGGCACUCCUGGGGAAAUAACAGCAGAAGAGUUGCAGCAACGCUUGGAGGGGGCUAAGGAGCGUCUGGCAUCACAGUCUGAUCUGGAUAACAGAGAAGGUGAAGGUAGAGCUGUUGGAGAUUCUGAUGUCCUUGGAGAAAACUCAAAUGGUGACUCUUUGUUCGAAUGGCUUAAUACAUUUCGUCGCACAGGAAAUGCCACUCGCAGUGGACAGAGUGGGAACCAAACCUGGAGAGCCGUGAGUCGAACAAAUCCAAACAGUGGGGAGUUUCGUUUUAGUCUUGAAAUCAAUAUAAAUCACGAUCAUAACAGUUUUGAAACUGCUGGUGAGGAGUAUGUCGAUAUAGAUGCUACCAGACUGUAUUUGGAAAGAAGACGUCAACUAGUUGCCGGUUCAGCAACCCCACGAACACGGAGCAUGGCUGCGAGGGAGGCAAGCAAUGAAGCUGCAAGGACCAGGUUUUUAGGACAUGCCAUGGCACUAAGGUCUGAGGUAGCCUCUCAUGCAGUCUCGGGGAGGCUCAGGAGUAGAACAAGGGAGUUGACAGGCCUUUCCCAAACAAAUAAUACUACACGUACUAAUUCUGCAGCUGCUGGUGAAAGAAGAGAAAUGCUGGGAAGACUUAAUUCUACAAGAGUCAGAAGAGGUAGAGCGAGAACAAAUGUUCAGAUGAAUACAAACCAAAGACUAGAAAUUCUGCGGCUGAGGUCUACCUUAAGUAGUCGAAGCCGCUCUCCGUUGCAAAGGCAAGGUGAUGCUGUUCGCUCUGAGGAACGUGGUCAGAGGCAGGAUAGAAAUGCACAGCAGGUCAACAGAAGUAGAAGACAAAUAGCUCAGGCUUCUCCACAGCCUGCUGAAGAGCAAGCAAGAGGCAACACUCAGGCUCCUCAACUUCCCAGUGUAGCUCCAUCCUUGGGAAUAACUUUGGAAGAGGAGGAAUCUAGUAGACCAGUAGCUGCUGUCAGAAGGCAUCCAACAAUUACACUAGAUCUCCAGGUGAGAAGAAUUCGUCCUGGAGAAAACAGAGACCGGGACAGUAUUGCCAGUAGAACUCGUUCUAGAGUAGGAAUGUCAGAAAACACGGUCACCUUCGAGAGUGACAGUGGGGGAUUUCGGCAUACGAUAUCGCGAUCAGAACGUGCGGGUAUUCGAACCUAUGUCAGCACUAUACGGGUACCUCUCCGUCGUAUUUCGGAAGCUGGGCUUGGCGAACCUUCAUCAGUGGCUCUUCGAUCGAUCCUCAGACAAAUUAUGACAGGCUUUGGAGAACUGAGCUCUUUAAUGGAAACUGAAUCCAACUCAGAAGUGCAGAGAGGUGGCCAUCCCUUAUUAGAUGCACAGAAUAACUCAACUUCAGCAAACAGUGGUGAUCCAAGUGAGGUUUCAUCUAGAAAUGGACGCGCAGCAGAAGGCAGCAGGGAAAGAAAUGGACGGAGGAAUGAUAGUCAACGCUAUGGGCGCCGUAAUGAGAACCAAGAUAACGGACAGUCUCAAGAUGUGAACAACUUAGUGGAAAAUGGAACACUGCCCAUACUUCGACUUGCCCACUUCUUCUUGCUGAAUGAAGAUGAUGAUGAUGAUCGUUUAAGAGGUUUAACCAAAGAGCAGAUUGACAAUCUUGCUACUCGGAACUAUGGGGAUAUUCACGCUGAAAGCGAAAGAAGUAAAACGUGUAGUGUUUGCAUUAAUGAAUAUGCAACAGGGAAUAAACUAAGGCAGUUACCUUGUAUGCAUGAGUUUCAUAUUCAUUGUAUUGAUCGCUGGCUUUCUGAAAAUUCUACUUGCCCAAUUUGUCGGCAGCCUGUUUUGGGGUCUAAUGCCACAGACAAUGGCUAGAAUCAUUUGUACUGCUCAGUUCUCAAGAAUUUGCUUCUGCUUUAUUUCUAAUGAGCCAGAUGAAUUGACCUUCAAAGGGGUCCAUUUGUGGGGGGAGUUUUGUUAAAUUUCUUUAAAAAUUGUAGGAAACUUGUCUAAAUCUAGCAAUGUAAAUACUAUUUUUUCCAAAUGCAGGUCUAGGGAUACACAUAGAACCAAAUGAUAUUGGUAAAGUUUAUAUUUUUUUAGGUAAUUUUGUUAUGCUAAGCACUUUUGUAAAUACAGAAAUGCAAUAGUUAAUCAGUCCUGCUUAAUGUAUGUUUUUUAACAUUGUAAUGAACUCACUUUAUUUAGAUUACAAAUUGUUUCACACAGACCCACCACUGUGUUGAAAAAUUAGUGGCUAAAUAGCCAUUUGUUAGCUUUUUGUUCUAAGAACAAUUUCAUUUACAGGAAGUUUCUUGCUGGACAUGUUUGCUAAAGAUAUUUAAGUUACUUGAAGUGCUUAUUUUAUUAGACCUUUUUUUUUUAACGUUGAAAUAUCCUUUCCAAAAACUUGCCAAUUUGGUUCUAUUAAAAAAAAAUUCUAUUGCAAUUUCUGCAUGUAGGUUUACACAGUUCUUAAUGCUGACAUUCAAAAGUUGAUGGGUUAGGGGCAUUAUGAAAUGUACAUAUUUAAAUGCUGUCCUUGACAAUCUGUCUUUUCAAUAAUGACAGCAGUCAAAUCUGGUAAUUCCAAGAGGCCGUGUCUUAUUUAUUUGCUCAAAGAGUAAAUGAGCACCGAGGAAGCCUUUCUACUCUUCUAAAUUACUGAAUUGUUAUUCUUGGGGUUUUAACUGCCUUAGUUUAAAGAGGGACAAUAUUUCCUUGACUAUUAUAUUGUCUACAAUAUGCAUGUUUUGAGUAUUGUACUCAGAAGAACAAAACAAAGACUUGAAGUGCUUUUGUACAGAAAUUAAAGGUACACAUGUAAUAUUUGUCCUCUUGAAACAUGCCUGAGGACUAAAUGGCAAAAGACACUAAAGAGUACAAAAUAAGCUUUCCCAAAAGUCCCCUGUACCUGUAUAAUUAGAUACUAAAUUUUAUACCAAUAACUUCUGCUGAAAUAAAGUUGUGAAGUAAAUAA